AUGGUUAACUUACCUCCUAGUAAUCAUGUUCUCGUUGGACUCCCUCAAAACUACCUCAAGUUUUCGCGCUUCUUCUCAUCGUUGCCUCCUCAUGUUGUUGUGAAACUACCUAAUUUGUCUCCAACCAUGGAGACUGGCAACGUUGUCAGCUGGGCAAAGAACGAAGGCGAUCAAGUGGGCGAGGGUGAUCUGCUAGCCGAAAUCGAAACCGAUAAGGCCACCAUGUCCAUGGAUUCCAGCGAUGAAGGAUAUGUUGCUAAAAUUCUUAUUCCCGCCGGUACCAAGAAUGUCCCCGUCGGAUCUCCGCUUGUAGUUAUUGUUGGAGAUGAAGCAUCAGUCGGAGCUUUUAAAGAUUAUCAACCCGAAGCUGGAGCGGCACCACCUCCCACGGCCUCUGCUGCUGCGCCCCCACCUCCUCCACCACCACCUCCACCUGCGGCUCAGCCUGCCACCCCAGUUACACCACCAGCUGUUUCUGCUGCACCUCCUGCAGCCAAGCCCGUUUCUCCUCCCUCGGGAGACCGCGUUUUCAUCUCUCCCCUUGCUCGCCGUGUAGCCAGAGAACGGGGGAUAGACCUAUCACUUCUCACGGGCACUGGUAGUGGUGUCGACGGGUGUUUCGUAUUGGCUGAUCUCGAUAACCUCGCCGCUUUCGCCCCAACGCCUACCUCCACCUGGACUGAUAUUCCGACAACCGGAAUGCGUGCUAAUCUUGUCCUCCUUACCCUCCAGACUAUCGCUAAGCGACUCGCUGAGUCCAAACAGACCAUCCCUCACUACUACCUUACAGUGGACAUUGAACUCGAUGAGUUACUCAAGUUCCGCGAUAGUGUCAACGCCUCAUUGGCCAAACUGGCCGUUCCGGGAGAGAAGCCGGCCAAAAUCUCCGUCAACGACGUCUUCAUCAAGGCCAUGGCACUGGCCAACAAGCGUGUACCCGACUGCAACUCCUCCUGGAUGGGCGAUUUCAUCAGACGCUACGACUCGGCUGACGUCUGUGUUGCUGUUGCCACGCCCACUGGCCUCAUUACUCCCAUAAUCUUCAACGCCGACACAAAGGGUCUCCUCACGAUCAGCCAGGAGGUCCGAGAUUUGGCCGCCAGAGCUCGCGACAACAAGCUGAAGCCGGAGGAGUUCCAGGGUGGCACAAUAACAAUCUCCAAUUUGGGAAUGUUCGGAAUUUCAUCCUUCAGCGCAAUCAUUAACCCACCGCAGGCGUGCAUUCUCUCCGUCGGAACAUCCCACCAGGUCGUGGUGCCCGACGAGGGUUGUUGCCACAAAACAGUGACGAAGGUGUCGGUGACGUUGUGCUGCGAUCACCGCGUAGUCGAUGGAGCCGUCGGAGCGACGUGGCUGAAGGAGUUCAAGAGCUUCAUCGAAUCACCUGCUAGCAUGCUGCUGUAA